AUUCUCCGCCGUCCGCAGAGUCUCUGGACGGUUAUAUAACUGUCAACAGUCCCCUCCGAGGAUUCCGCUCUACUCCAGGCUUCAGGGUUGCCACAAAAUCCACAGACCAUUCCCUCGCCGAUCCUCCUCCGCCGCACCAAGCGAGUAGGGUCGGACCGCCGCCAUGGAUGGAGGCGGCAAUGCCCAUCCCAAAGCCCCUGGUGGCGGCGGCGGCCCAGUCGGCGUCCAGAUUCACCAUUCCCGGCGACUCCCUGAUUUCCUCCAGAGCGUCAAUCUCAAGUACGUGAAGCUAGGUUACCACUACCUUAUCUCCAAUUUGCUCACCCUCUGCCUCGUCCCUCUCAUGGUCGUGAUCCUGGUCCAAGCCUCCCAAAUGAAUCCCCACGAUCUCCGCCAGCUAUGGCUUCACCUCCAGUACAAUCUGGUCAGCGUCAUCACCUGCUCCACCGUCCUGGUCUUCGGAUCGACGGUGUACAUUGUUACGCGUCCUCGCCCUGUCUAUCUCGUCGACUACGCGUGUUAUCGCGCUCCCGACCACCUCAAAGUCCGGUUUCAGCAGUUCAUGGAUCAUUCGAAGCUCACCGGCGACUUCGAGGAGUCGUCGCUGGAAUUCCAGCGAAAGAUCUUGGAGCGGUCGGGGCUGGGCGAGGAGACUUACGUCCCUGAAGCGAUGCACUCCAUUCCGCCGCAGCCGUCGAUGGCCGCCGCUAGAGCUGAAGCUGAGCAGGUCAUGUUUGGUGCCCUAGAUAAUUUAUUCUCGAGUACUUCUAUUAAACCGAAGGACAUUGGAAUUCUUGUUGUGAAUUGUAGUUUGUUUAAUCCGACGCCUUCGCUUUCUGCUAUGAUUGUUAAUAAGUACAAACUGAGAGGCAAUAUCAAGAGCUUCAAUUUGGGGGGAAUGGGUUGUAGUGCUGGGGUUAUUGCCAUUGAUCUUGCUAAGGACUUGUUACAAGUUCAUAGGAAGACCUAUGCUGUUGUUGUGAGUACUGAAAACAUUACACAGAACUGGUAUUUUGGCAACAAGAAGUCUAUGUUGAUACCCAAUUGCUUGUUUAGAGUUGGGGGUGCUGCAAUUUUGCUUUCCAAUAAGUCUGUGGAUAGGAGGCGGGCCAAGUAUAAGCUUGUUCAUGCUGUAAGGACAAAUCGUGGGGCAGAUGAUAAGGCAUUUCGCUGCGUUUUCCAGGAGGAGGACGAUAAGGGGAAGACAGGUGUUUCACUAUCGAAAGAUCUCAUGGCAAUUGCUGGAGGAGCUCUUAAAGUUAACAUCACUACAUUGGGCCCUCUUGUGCUCCCAAUUAGCGAGCAACUCCUCUUCUUUGCUACACUUAUUGUUAAGAAAUUGUUCAAAGCGAACAUCAAGCCUUACAUUCCAGAUUUCAAGCUGGCUUUUGAUCAUUUCUGCAUACACGCUGGCGGAAGGGCUGUGAUCGACGAGCUCGAGAAGAAUUUGCAGCUGCUUCCAAAACAUGUAGAGGCUUCUCGGAUGACUCUGCAUCGCUUUGGAAACACUUCCUCAAGCUCGAUUUGGUAUGAACUGGCCUAUACUGAAGCGAAAGGGAGAAUGCGAAGGGGCAAUCGUGUCUGGCAGAUUGCAUUUGGAAGUGGUUUCAAAUGUAACAGUGCGGUCUGGGAGGCUCUCAGGAAUGUGAAGCCAUCCUCUCAUGGUCCCUGGAGAGAUUGCAUAGAUAGAUAUCCUGUGAAAAUUCUCAGUUAGCUCAACAGCAUUUCAGUCGGGCUUUUAAUUAUGGGUGCUCGUCAUCAAUGUCCAGCUCUUAUGCUUUGUACUUUAUUGAAUCUUUCUCACUGACUGCAGAAAGUCAUCUCUCCCCAGUUCCAUGUCACCUUGCUUAACAGGAUUUUGGUCAGACACUCAGAUCCCAUUCACUUAGGUUUUCGGUUACCUAGGCAUUCUGUUUUAUCUUCUCCACUUAUUGCUUUUGUACUUGAUUGGUUGUCGUCAUUGAAGUCAAAAUAUGUUUUCUUUUUCUUUUUAAUUAUGUGCUAUUAAAUUACAUGAUAAUGAAUUGCUAACUGCUGCUGCUUUUCUCUGAA